CCGAAUCCUCAUAGGACUGCAAAAUGGUGCCUCAGCCGUAUCGGCCAGAUCAAACCUCAACGCUUCUGGCUCCGCCAUCAGACGCAAAACGCCCAUAAAUUUCACCGAAGCUCGGAAGGAGUGUAUAGUGCUGGCUACUGGUUUAUCCCCCUGGCCGAAUGAUCCUGCCUCGCUAAAGGGAACCGAGAGUACUUCGAGUACCGCCCAAAGCAGCCCAGAGGACUCUGGCCCAGGUGUCGACCCUGCGACCAAUCAGACGGCUACAGUCGUUGACUGGCUUUCCGAGCAGCUCCGUCGUUAUGGCCCAGUGAACUACGUUAAACUGCCUCGGUAUGUAGGUUCGCUAUGGCAAGUACCAUUUUGGUACAUGCUUGCUUUCUUAUUGCUUAAUAUAAACAAAGGAUUGUAA